AUGUGUACUACUGCGUUUCAACUGACUUAUGGACAUGAAGUUGUAUUACCUGUUGAAAUUUACUUGCAAUCAGUUCGAAUUCAAAGGCAAUAUGAGAUUCCAUCCGACCAUUAUUGGAGUAUGAUGUUGGACGAGAUGGUCGAUUUGGAUGAAGGAAGGAUGGCAGCGUUGGAUGUCUUGAUAAGACAAAAAGAGCGAGUCACCGUGGCUUAUAAUAAUAAGGUUAAAGUGAAAACAUUUUUGAUUGGAGAUCUUGUUUGGAAGGUAAUAUUGCAUAUGGAUCGAAGAGAUAAAACUCUAGGCAAAUGGUGUCCUAAUUGGGAAGGCCCAUUUCAGAUUAUUCAAGCAUUUUCGAACAAUGCUUAUGAAAUUGAAGAGUUAAAAGCUGACAAACAAAUUCUAAGAGUAAAUGGUAAAUACCUGAAAAGGUAUAAGCCUAUGCUACAAGAAAUUCGAAUUGAUAAGGAAUAA